CACUGGAUCAGAGAGUUUUAACCCGGCAAAAAACCCGAAAACCUUCAAAAGCCUCCGCAUUUUCCCAGUCACUACAGAAACGGCGUGGAAUGAACUGCUUGUCGCAGGUCUCAUCGUACACGGCGGCGAUUUUCCGAACGGCAGGUCGUUCAUUCGGGACCGGUGCUCUGUACGGACCCUGCAAGCGAAAAUUGGACGUCUACGCUGGGGUGAAGCUAAUCAGCUUCGAGUCGGCGGUUUCAAGGUUGCGGACUCAGCUCUACUCGUCUCAGAGCAAAGCGACGUCGUCUCGGCCGCGGAAGAAGAAGUCAGGAUCCAAACGAGUUAUGGACCCGGAAAAGGACGCAUUCUAUGUAGUCCGCAAAGGAAACGUCGUCGGUGUCUAUAAGAGCUUCGCUGAUUGCCAAGCUCAGCAAGCUUCUUCAAUAUGUGAUCCUCCAAUUAGUGUGUACAAAGGGUACUCUAUGCCUAAGAAGGAUGAGCAAUAUCUUGCUUCCUGUGGACUUCAGAAUGCGCUCUACACUAUUUCAGCUGCAGAUAUGAAAGAUGAGCUUUUUGGCAAGCUUGUGGACUGUCCUCUUGGCGAUCCAGCAUCUUCAAAAGGCGAAACGUCUGAGAAGACUGCAGCCAAGAAGAGAUCCCACCAAGAGGCUGAAACAGAAAAUGUGGAAGUAAUUGUUUCAACUUCUGUAUCAGAUACUCCUUCCAGAAAGCAGGCCAAGAAAAAGGCUGAAGUUGAAGUCCCCCCUUCUGGCCGUGGCUGUACCCUUCAAUUUGAUGGUGCAUCAAAAGGAAAUCCUGGAGCAGCUGGUGCUGGAGCUGUACUGCGAGCAGAUGAUGGAACCUUGAUCUGUAAACUACGUGAAGGUCUGGGUGUUGCAACCAAUAACACUGCUGAGUACCGAGCUGUUAUUUUAGGGUUAAAAUAUGCGCUUAAAAAAGGUUUUUCCAGGAUUUUGGUUCAAGGUGACUCCAAGCUCGUCUGUAUGCAGGUUCAGGGAUUAUGGCAGGUGAAAAAUCAGAACUUGUCUACUUUGUAUGAAGAGGUGAAGAAACUGAAGGAUGGAUUUGUCUCCUUCAAGAUCAGUCAUGUUCUUAGGGAGCUAAAUUCUGAGGCAGAUGCUCAAGCAAACUUAGCGAUCACUCUUGCCAAUGGUCAAGUCCAGGAAGAGUCUGGGAAGUAGUUAAAAUGAUAGUCUGUUGCUGGUUAUGUUCUGGGUUCGUAAAUAUGAUAUCAUGAAACCCUGAUGAGUAGAGGAUUCUUUGGCUUCCCUUGUAUUAAUCUGAGAGUGUGGCUUGGUACUUGCUACAGUGUGACCUCUGGCACAGAAUCAAACUUCACAAGGCAUGAUUCAACUGCAAAACUGAAGCUUUUGUGGAUGUAGAGCCAGGUACACCAGGAUCAAAUAACUCGUUACACAAGUGACAUUCAGAUUGACAAGCUACUAGCCUUUGAAAAAGAAAGACGUAGAAUUUUUGUUUAUAGAGGGAACGAUCGGAGCGGAAUAUGAAAACUCUUACUAGCAUUAUUCAUAGUUCUUUCACAUUGCAAUAAGGUUCUUUUGGAGUUUCUAUAUAUCUUUUUCACGUCCAUGGAGCAGUUAUCA